AUGCUAACCAAUCCGGAAACGGAAGAUCUCGAACGACAAUUACUUUCGAUAAAAAAACGGGCUGGCGCAAGAUCAUUUGGUUCAAUGAAAGCAAAUAAUUUUGAAAAUUUUUUCUACCCGAGCAUUAAACGACAUCAAGCAUUCUCGCCGUACUAUUACUAUCAACAACUGAAACGUGGCGGUGGACAUCCCUUCUAUGCUUAUUGGAGUCCAUCAAGCGCGAGCGACGUAAAAUUCAUCGAAGAUUCUCCAUUUUAUAAAAAGCGUUCAGUACCGCAUGAUUCUGAUGAUUACAUUUAUUGA